AUGAAUGCCUGCCUGCUCUCUGCGCUGUGUCUCCUAGGGGCCUGGGCCACCCUGGCAGGAAGUGUCACCGUGAAGGAUGGAGAUUUCUCCUUUCCUCUGGAGUCAGUGAAGAAGCUUAAAGACCUUGGGGAGCUCCCAGAGCCCAGGCUUGGCAGCCGCAGGAAGCUUUCACCCAAGCUUAGGGAGUCUGUCACUCCCAGGCUCUGCAGCUACACUGAUUUUCCAGAAGCACUCAAACCCAUCUGCAAGGAGCCUAAUGCAGAAGAGAUUCUGGGGAGACUGGAGGCCAUCGCUCAGGACCCGGGCACAUGUGAGAUCUGUGCCUAUGCUGCCUGUACUGGAUGCUAG